AUGUCAAAUUCAGUAUCAAAGGAUUCAAUAGAUGAAUUCUUUUCUGAUAAUAGUUUUUAUUCAGCUCAUUCAACUUAUUCAAAUCCAACUAAUCAUAUCAAAAAUGUUAGAAAUUCAAUACAAAUUAAAUCUUCAAUAUCUUCAAGAUCUUUAAAAGAUAGUUUAAUAGACAACAACAAAUAUCCAUCUACUAAAACUAAUACAACUAAUACUACUAAUACCAAGAGUAAUAACAAUGGAAGUAUUCGAACAUCAUUUAUGAAGGCUUCUCCAUCGAUUAAAGCACUUGAAAGUUUAUUAAAUAAAAAGCAAGAACAUUGGCAACCAAAUAUAAUAUCAGAAGAGGAUGAUGAAGAAAUUAAUAAUAAUGAUAAUAAACAACUACCACAUUUAGAACCUUCAUUCUCUUAUAGUCCAGCGAAUGCUGAUUCUUUUCAAACAUUUGCAACAGCUGAAGAAGAUCAACAACAACAACAACAACAUAAUGAUGACGAUGAUAAACAACUGACAACUACAAAAUCUUAUAGAAUGUCAGAAUCUUCAAUAGCAGAAUUAGGAUAUGAUACAACUCCAGUAUUAGAAAAACCACCAACAGUAGAGAAUUUUACGCCGCAUAGUAAUAAUUCACCACAAUUAAAAAUGAUUGAUACAACAACAAAUAUUAAUCCACAAAGAUCAGGUUUAUUUAUACAAACUAAUGUACAAGAUCUUGAAAAUGCAUUUGAUCAAAUGGUUAACAAUAAACAGCAAGAACAACUGCAACUGCCGCUGAAAACAAGUCCACCAAGAUUUAUUAAAUUACCAAAUUAUACGACAGACCACCAACAAAAGCAACCGCAGCAACCACAACCGAAAAAAAUAUUGUCGAAUCAAUCCACUCAUAGUCCUAAACAAUCUUCACCAUUAAAUCAACAACAAAAGCUACCACUCGCUCAUAGUCCUAUUUAUACUAAUUAUUGUGGUUCUGAUACUAUCAGUAUUCAUAGUGGUCCUACUUCAUUUAACGUAACAUCACCAUUAUCAAAACCAACAUUUUCUAAACAUCAAUCAACAUUAUCCACGGGGUCACAAUCAGUAUUUUCCACUUCUUCACCCAACAUUAAAAAAAUUGAAUCCCUUCUGGAUUCUCCACAACUGCCUAAAUAUAUUACAAAACCAAAGAGUAUGUUAUCAAGUCCUCUGGAUAGAAAGCCAAGUUCACCUGUUCCGGAACCUCCCGCUUCCAGUCCAAGAAAUUCCACUCAAACUACAAGAACAUUAAGAAAGGUAAAUACUAAUUCAACAAGUUCAUUUUCUUCAAAGACAUUCGGUUCACAAUUUCAUGGUACUCCUAGAAGUAGAACAAUAAGUGAUAUUAGUAGUAUACCAGGUCGUCAAGCUCCGCCUCCACCCCCAAAACCGGCAGUUCUUCCAUCACAAUUUAAGAGCCAAGUUCCUCCUUCAUUACCUGCAUCUGCACCACCUGUGGUUACACAAGAGAAGAAGAAAUUUAGUAUUAAAUCAUUAUUUAAAUCAAAAUCAAGAGGGCAUUCACUUAAUAAACCUUCCAAGGAUGAAGUGGAUUAUUCACUCCCUAAAAAACUUCGAUCAAAAUCAUUUUCCACUUCAAUGUUGAAUGAAUUAGAGUCAAAACCACAACCAAGUAGUAAUAAUAGACGCAGUACAUUAUUCACCGCAUUUAGAAAGAAUAAAUCUCCAGACAAUGUAACUAAACAUGGAUUUGAGGAUGUUAAAAAGAAAGAACAUAUAGUUGGAUCAGGUUUGAGUCCAACUCCACCCCUGAGUGCUAGUUUACCUUCAACUUCAGUAUUGGAAAAUUCAAGAGCGACAGGGACAGGAACAACAACUCAUAGGACACCUACAAAGUAUGCAUCUAUGGGAAAUUUGAUUAGAGAAGUUAAUGAUGAUGAUGAUAAUGAUGCUGACAAGUUAUUACCCCCUCCAACUUUGCUUCCCACAUAUAGACAACCAGUUUCUCCAGAAGAAAAUCUUCGUAGUCCUCCAAGCAUGUUACGUCCUGCUUCAUAUAAUAGAAGAGGGUCAAAAGAUAGCCAACCUGGACAACUAGAUGAAGAUGAAGAUGACACCCUAAAUGAAAAACAAGAAGAAAUAUAUGAUGAAGAAAACCUUAUGUUUCACCCACCCAAGAAAAUCACCACUCAUGGAAUAAUCCAAACUCAAGAAAUGGAAAUCAUUCCCCCAUUAUUAGAUUCCGGUGAAUUCGGUUCUCCAUUCCAAGUCACCUAUUCAUCCCCAGCAUCAUCAUCUACCAAAACAACCAGUCCUCGUCCAGUUGUAAGUGCAGAAGUUAGUCGUACCCAACUGAUCCAACGCGCAAUCUCGCCACAAUUAUUAGGAGAAGCAUUAUUUCCAAAAUCCUUGAAUGCUCAUGAAGUAGAAAGUAUCGUUUCUUUAGAACGAUCAAGAUCGAUGAAAUCAGUCAGGUCGAUCUCGAUUAAACGAAGUUCAUUUGUGAAUUAUGAUGGGACCGAUGAUAAUAUUAUUCAAUAUAAUGGACCGGGGGCAGAACCGAAUCCUAAUGGAAUGACGAGAUCGAAUUCGAUAUUGAAGAAUUCGACAAGUCGGAGAUCAAAUUUGAAUCAGGAAUUGAAGAAUAAUAGUAAUAAUAGUAUUGAUGGAAAUAUCUUGCCUGCAGAACUUAUGAAUGGUGGUGGUACUGGUGCUGGUACAGGUGGUGUUGCUGGUAGUUCUCUGGGUGAUGAUCGGAUAGAUGAUUUGAUGGAAUUUAGUGCAUUUAUAGAUGUUGACAAUUUGAGUUUUUCAAAUUCACCAAAGGGGGUAAUAGCAAGAAGUAGUACUCCAACUUCACCAACUCCAAUUCAAUCUCCAUUAGCUGCUGAAUUUUUCCAAUUUGAACUGGAACAUGCUUCUUCUCCUGUUGUUGAAGAACCACCGAAGAUUGAAAUAUCGGCGCCACCUACUAGUAAGGAAUCUGAAUCGACGAUUUUGAUGGGUGGCCCUACUACUGCUACUGCAUUAGUGCCUGAAGCGAGACAAGAAACGGAAUCUCCUAUUGGAAAAUCGAGAACUCCAUCGCCGUUGAUGGGUGAUGAUCAAGAAGAAGCGGUGCCGAAAUCAAGUAUGGAAGAAGAAGUUCAUGAUUAUUCAGAUAAUGAUGAUAAGAAACAACAAGUGGAACAUGUGGAAAUUGAAAAACAAAAUGAACAUGAAGAGCAACAUGAUAUUUCAGAACCUGAUUGUUCACCAAUAAUUAACGGAAGCGUGCUUGAAAAUUCUCCGAUUUUGGAUUCGGCAUAUAGAAGCAAUGGUGGUAUACAUAGAAAUCGACCAAUAUCUAUGUCGUUCAAAGGAAUGCAUGCUCCAUCAUUUUCAGGAAAAUUGAAUACUCAACCUGGAUUAAGAAUCAGUGGAUCACAUCAAUCAUUCACCAUCUCCAUGAAUGAUGACUCUUCUGUCGGUGGAGGAUUUGGAUCCAGUAGUGAAGAAGAUUAUGAUGACGAUGAGGAUUAUUUAUCAGAUGAUCAAGAUAUGAAUUAUGGAAAUGAGAACAAUUUCUCCGUGAGAAAGAUUGGUGUUGCUCCUCCACCACCAAUACUACCUCGAUCAGCCUCGGCUCCAAUCCCACCCCAUAUCGUGAGACAAACCAGACCAAACAGUCUAGUCAUCCCACCGCCACCACCUCCUCCACAACAGCCUCCAUUAGCACGACCACCUCCACAUUUCAAAUUCAGUCAUAAUAAGAUCCCCUCCAUCUCGGACCAAUCAUCAGUGACAUCAUCACCCAGAUCAUUAUCAUCAAUGGUCAGGUGGAGAGUCUCGUCAUCUACCGCAUCACCCACCAAACAACAACCAAUUGAGAAAUCAAGUGGGGUUAGGUUUAGUUCAAGGAUUAUAUUGUAUGAUACUUAUAAUGGAGAUGAAUAUGAUCGACAUCCAGAUACGGCCACUUGUAAUCAAUUAACGCCGGCUUUGGCUCAGCAGAUUAAAGAGGAAUUGAAUAGUUUUAAGAGUGAGAUGGAGAUACAUAUUGAAAGUAGGCAUUAUACCCAUUUCUUCUGA